AUGGCCAACACGGCAGUCGCCAAAGACAACACCAGUGCAGAGAAUGAUCGCUCCAGUUCCAACCUCGACAAGGACCCUUACGCUGACGAAUCAAUCUUGGAAAUUGGAAAGACGGUGCCCAUAACACAUGCAGAUCUCGCCAGUCUCGAAGAUGUCUCUCGGGAUCUCCGAAAAGACCCGGAAGCUCGAGCAGCGUUUCUUGCGACAUUCACCGCCGACGAAGAAAAAGCUAUUAUGAACAAAGUUGACAGAAGAUUCUUCGUCCUCAUAGGCAUCAUGUUCAUGGUCAAGAAUAUCGACUUCGGAAACAUUAGCAUCAUCAAAACAAUGCAGGCUGGUUCGGAUUCCAACAUAAUAACGGAACUGAACAUGACACCUGACGACUACAAUUGGGUUGCUACCAUUCAAGGAAUUCCCUACAUCAUCUUCGAAUUGCCCAGCAACCUCCUCCUCAAGUACAUGACGCCUCACGCCUGGGAAUCCCGCAUAUUUCUCACGUGGGGCAUAGUCACGGCGUGCUGCGGCGCACUAUUGGUACCGUACGGAUGA